AUGGCCUCUUCAGUGAAAUACAGUGAAGAUCAACUAAACUACUUCAGGAUUUGUUACGUUACCACUGACAUCUUGACCGAGGGACUGCGAGAAAUCUUUAAACAAGAAUGGGAUAGUCGCUACAAGGCCACGUUAGGAGAAUGGAGAGAUGAUCCCAAAAAUGGAUUGAAUUUUUGGAAUGGCGAAUCACUGCGGAAUCAAAAGAAGCAUGCACGUCUAUUAACAACCAUGACCAAAGGCAAUAGAGCUGAGUGGGAUUGCACCAUGCUGUUUUAUGCCAUUCUUUUUUCUGAUUGCAUCCAUAGUCUCAAUCCAGUCGUCUGGUCAAAUGUGGAUAAACUCAGGCUGUUUCGGAACGAAGAGUUCGCUCAUAUCGCACGAGGUCACCUCUCAGACGUAGAGUUUCAAAAUGCCAUUAGCAAAGUGGAAAAUGCAUUUUUAGCUCUCGGUCUUUCUACUGUGAAAAUUCAAGACGUAAAAACCCAAACGUGUUUUCCCACAGAGCAGUUGAUACAUGUUUUGAAGAAGGUGGACGACCUCAAGCAGGAAGUUCAGGAAAAAGAAAAAGAAGUUCAGGAAAAAGAGAAAGAAGUUCGAGAGAAAAACAAAAAUCUUCAAGAAAAAGAGAAAGCAAUUCAGGAAAACAACAAGAAAUUGCAGGAAAAAGGAAAGGAACUUCAGCAAAAAGAACAACAAAGAAAGACCCUUGAAGAACAGUUAAACAGCGAGGCUUCUUCAUUUUGCAUUCUUCCUCCUAAGCCUUCUCAUAAUGUCGCAAAUCGAGAUUCCGAUGUAUCUAAGAUUAUUGAACAGUUAAAAGCGCUGAAAAAUUCUACAGGAUUAAGUUACUUGUACUUAUCUGGAAAUCCUGGAAGUGGUAAAUCGCAGAUUGCCUCACUUGUAGCCAACAAUUUCUUUGACGAGGUCAAAGGAAGUACAUCGUUUGUAAUGACACUAAAUGCUGAAAACUCUAAAACACUUAUGGAAUCGUACGCCACUUUCGCUUGA